UCUUUAAUAGGCUAUCUUUCCAGCAUCGGUGGACGAGCACUGUAGCCUACUAAAGCCAGAGUAUAGCACCAGUCAGUGUGGGAAGAAAAUAUACUCAUAAUCUUCAGCACUACAAUCAGCAUUCAAACACUGACAUAAACCAUCGUUUUAGAGGAGAAAACCUCAAUUAAAUGCAUAGCGCUGUGACACUGACAUCCAGAAUAUACGGACUCCAAUUUGCGCCCCUCUCAACGGCUCUGUGGAUCUGUGCUGUUGGGUCGGCGUGGCGUGCUGUCGGUCUCUUCCUCCGGUUGUGUAAUAUCUUUCUAGCCCAGCUACACACUCCUACACCCUCAGAAGAAAAGCUCCGCUCUCAUCUGAACGAACAAGGGAAGGAACAAGGAUUGGAACAUAUACUGUCGUUUUUUGCUUUGAUUUGCAACUGAGUUUUCUAUCAGAUUAUUUUCGAUUUACAUGGCGCAAGGGCUAUGCAAGUGGGAAGGUUCUGGUUCCGGUUCUGGGUGUGAUGCAACCGUGAGUUUGGAUAUCCAAGUAACAACGGUAUUAACAGUGGUACUAAAACGGAUCAGUUCCGGAGGCAUCCCCAACUCCUCUUUCUCCUCUUCCCGGCUUUAUGUCGAGUAAUGGUCGGCUUGCCUUGCUGGAUGCACCCCGCUCUCUCCGGAUCGUCGACUGCACCCUUUCCAACCGCAAAUCCCCAUUUUCGGCGGAAACCUUCAAGGAGCUAAGGGCUACAUAUGGAAACUGGGGAUCAGAAUUUUAGGAAAAAGGAAAUCUAGCGCUUGUUUAAUUUGUUUUCGACCUGAUUUAUCUGUUUCUUUACUAAUUAAUUAAUUUAUUCAUUGGGCUUGAUUUCUUCAUUCCAUUGUUGGUUGAUUUAUCAAAUUGAUGCAAGCCCUAUAGUAUUUUACUUUCUUAUAUAAUAUAGACCCCAGGAUUAUUUUCAUUUGUUUCCACUGGACUUGAAUCGUCCAUUUAUUUACAAUUGCUUUUCUUAUUUUCCCUGUCCUUCAUUCCCGUCCCUGUUUCUCUCCUUGCUUUUCCAUCUGGACUAUAAUAGCCCUGACAUAGGGUUAUUCAAACACAAUUAAACAUCAAAUAUAUACACAUUCAGCAUUAUAUGCCAACAAUAAUUGUAAUUCAUUUCGCAUCUAAGAGACGUAUUGACUUGCCAGGCAGAAUUGUUGUAAGCCUACCAUUACUCUAACACCACCCCCACCCUCUUCUCUUCAUCCAUUUGAGCUCAUAUUCAUUCAGCGCUAUCCAUAGAAUAGUACUUAUCUGCAAACCUUGCACAUCAAGAAACACAUUUCCAGCGAUCUACAUGUGUUAAAUGCUACAUUGUAAAGCAUGAGACAAAAGCUAGUCUCAAAGCAGAAUAGCCUACUGAAUUUUGAUUGAGGCUAUCCCCUUUUCCAUUUAUAUUACAGUCUCUCUCUACCUAUCACUUACUGUGAUUGUAUAUUAUACAUAAUAUUAUCUUUACAUUAGUAGGUUUAUGCUGCAACUGCCAGUGUAGGCUAGUUGUAGUCAUAGGGAUAACAGUUGACGCUAUAGUCCAUUUUAGAGGCCAUUACCUUGUCCGUAAUUCUUAUAUUUGGGGUAACAUUUAGUAAGAACCCAUCUGGGGAGAGAGACACUGCGUCCUCCUCCCCAAACUACCCUAAAAGGAAACCCAAUUUCUCUUAGUCAGUCCUCACCCAAACGCAACCAUAAGGUUCCUACCGCAUCCACCUCCUUCCCCCUCCUUUCGCUCAAAUAUAUCCCAUUUUUUUAGUUUGGUUUGGUCCCGUAAAUUUUCAAAUAUUUAUUUCCUAUAUAUCAAGAGGAAAGGGGGUCCCCCUUUCAUGGAAUGCGGAAAUAUGGGUCUGUUUGACCGCGGAGUUCAGAUGCUAUUGACCACGGUCGGCGCAUUUGCCGCCUUCAGUCUCAUGACCAUCGCGGUUGGCACGGACUACUGGCUGUACUCGCGCGGCACGUGCAAGUCAAAGUCGGUCAGCGAUAACGAGACCAGCAAGAAGAACGAAGAGGUGAUGACCCAUUCGGGAUUGUGGAGGACGUGUUGCUUAGAAGGGAAUUUUAAAGGGAUGUGUAAACAGAUAGAUCACUUUCCUGAGGACACGGACUAUGAAGCGGACCCCUCUGAGUACUUCUUACGUGCGGUACGAGCUUCCAGCAUCUUCCCCAUCCUCAGUGUCAUCCUGCUCUUCAUGGGAGGCCUGUGUAUAGCUGCCAGCGAGUUCUACAAGUCACGCCACAACAUCAUCCUCAGCGCAGGGAUCUUCUUUGUGUCUGCAGGCCUGAGUAACAUCAUCGGGAUCAUCGUGUACAUAUCAGCCAACGCAGGGGACCCCUCUAAGAGCGACUCGAAGAAGAACAGCUACUCCUACGGCUGGUCCUUCUACUUCGGAGCCCUGUCCUUCAUAAUGGCCGAGAUGGUGGGCGUCCUGGCAGCCCACAUGUUCAUCGACCGCCAUCGGCAGCUCCGGGCAGGGGCCAGGGCUGCCGACUACCUCCAGGCCUCGGCCAUCACACGCAUCCCAUCCUACCGUUACCGUUACCGGCGCCGCUCGCGCUCCUCCUCCCGGUCCACAGACCCCUCGCACUCCCGCGACACCUCACCUGUGGGCCUCAAGGGCUUCAGCGCGCUACCCUCUACAGAGAUCUCCAUGUACACGCUGCCCCGGGACACCCUGAAGGCCGGGGGCACGCCGACCGCCACCUACAACUCGGAGAGGGACCAUACCUUCCUGCAGGUCCACAACUGUAUUCAGAAGGAAAAAGACUCGACCAACACAGCCAACCGCCGCACCACGCCCGUAUGAGGGAGCCCUGAGAGCAGAGCCCGGGGAGCGGAGACAGGGAGGCCCCCACCCAGGUCUCUAAUAUACCAUAGGCCAGGAUGAGUUUCCAUGUUUAUAGAGAUUGAUGAUUUUAUUUCAUUCAACUGCAUGAUUUUCCCCAUCUACCAUUGUUGAGAGAGUCUAAAGGGGUUUGUUGAGUUCCUUUGGAGUAAAUGGUAGUACUGGGAGAAUGGGACAGAUUGUCCUUAGAGACUGAGUCAUUUUUAUGGGUGGGGAUGGGUGAUGAGGGUGGGGCACUGAAAGGGAGGGUUAUGAUUUAAAUUCGAUUCUUGAUUUCAUAACCUUUUGGUUUUGACAGUUUGGCUCCACAGUUUUGGUGGUGCAACAAGCUGCUGUAUUUUCCCAUCAUACCACCUGCCAUAUGCCUCUGAUUUGUUGUCAUAUUUAUUCAUUUAUUUAUUUUCUGCAUUAAAACUGUGAAUUUUUGCAGCUUGGGAUUCAGUAAGAAUUAGCCCAGUCUGUAAACUCUAACAAAGGUACUAUAUGUGUAUUAAUUUUAUAAAUAAAUUAUUAAGUUAAUAAUCAAGAGAUACAGACUUUACUGAAGCAAAAAAACAAACAAGUAAACUAAACUAAGUGCUGUUGGUAACACGAGAAAAGACUCUUUUAGGAUCUGCUGGAAGGAUGACAGAGCCAGAGAGAAAGUACUGUAGGUACACUACACUACGGAGCUGCUGAAACAUGACGAGAGACAGACGCAGACAGUCAACAGUAGAAAAAUAGAGAUUAUUUUAAUAGAACCUUCUCGCCUUUUUCUGAGUCCCUGUUCGCUUUCUUUUUGGGGGGGGUCGUCAUGGGAGUGUUGAACCCCUCAAGAGGAACCACCAACAACAACAAUGGGGUCAAAGUUCACACCAAGAAAAAAAGACUCCAAACACGACUUCUCGAAGAAAAAGGAAGGAGGAGAGGGGGAGGAAAAGAAGAGGAUGCCAAAUACAAAAAUAAAUACUUGCGUAAAAGGCAAGCAACAAGAUAAAUAUGAAAUAGUACAAGAGAAGCUAAGUGAAUCAAAUUUUCUGAAAUUAAAUGCAUGCUAUAAAAUUACAGCAAAUCUGCUCUUGAGAAACUUAAGUUUUAAAGGAUAAUGAUAAUUAGAAGGGGAAAAAAGUGAUGACGCCAACGUUUAAACUAGUAAUGUUUCAUGAGUAUUUUUUCUCUUAUGUUUUUUUAUUUACUUCAUUUUAUCUUAUGCUUUUGUGAAAGAAACCAAACAAUCUACAUUGAACAAAAACAGAUUUUUUUUUAAAUGGUUUGGUUAAAUUCUUUAUAUAAAUAUAUAUGUACGUAUUUUAUUUUUCAAAUUCACACAGCCUUAGUCAUUUCUUUGUUUCUUUUGAUUUUCAAUGUGUUGUUCAAAUUGAAAAUGAAAUCUUUAAAGGUGCCAAAACCGAAUGAUGCUUUACUUGGAUGCAUCAAGUCCUGAUGAAUAAAAUACCAAUCC